GGGAACAAGAAAGAAAGAAAGAUGCACGUUGUGCAGUGUGACCCUAGCAAAGGAGAGAUGCGAUACCCCCGGCCGGACCAGCGAUCGCCAUUCAAAGCUGCCAGUGCCACCCGCCAUCCCCUGCUCCCACUGCCACUGCCAGCACAUAAGCCCUACCAGUACCAGAGGCUACCAGCAGAGAGAGAAGGCGAGCGCGCGGGCAGAACCCGCGCAGAAAAGCAACCACCUCCCUCCGCCUCCCCCGCAGGGCUGGGCCGCACCGCAUCACCCUCGCCCUCGCGAGAUCCCCAAUUCGCCGCAGGUUCCUCGCCGGAGCGAGCGGCCCCCAUUGUGGCGUGGGGCUGCCGGUUCCGCGGCCAACAGUCCCCCUCCUCCCUGCUGCUGGAGCUGCCUUGAGUCCCGCGACUCGACUCGAGCUCUGCUGCCGUGGAGGCGGCCAAGGCCAAGGCGCGCGCAUUGCGAGGGUUUUUGCUACCUCUCGGAUUCAAGGGUAUUUUAUAGAUGACGAAGGCAGCAACUAUUUAUGGGAGCAAGACACAGAGCGAUGCCUUGCGGCCAGGGCCAUUGCGUCCAGCAAAUAUUAUCAGAAAUAAAUUUCCCACAUACAAGAAUGGUUCAAAUGGUAUAGUAAUCAAGCUGGCUGAUGGUCCCGAAAUACCACCUCUCAAGGAGAUAGUUGCAAAGGAGACUGCAGAUCUACUUGAUCGUCGUCAGCGUCUCUCUGUCCGUGAACUUGCGAUGAAGUUUGAGAAGGGUCUCAGCACUGCCACAUUGUUGUCGAAUGAGGUUAAAUGGAGACAAGUAGCUUUGAUGGAGCGGGAUAUCCUUUUGAAGAAUCUAAAGAGUGUAUUAGAGUCACUGAGAGGUCAGGUGACAGGCAAAACUAAGGAUGAAAUCGAGGAGUCUAUAUCUAUGGUUGGUUUCUUCAUAUUCUUUUGCCAAUUUAUCGGGCUUACCUUUCCGGCUUUCCCCUUGACACCCACACACGCGCACCCGCACACACCUGGUGGCAGAUGCAGUGGUGAGAGUUGUCGCACUGAGUCACUAGGUCAUGGGUUCGAAGCAGCCUCUCCACAUUUGCGGGAGAAGACUUGCCUCGGUUUAUCCCUUCCACAGACUCCACUCAUGUGGAGCCUCCAACACUGGGUGGAGAUCCUCACGGUUCAGCUCUCCAAAAGAGAAGCUGAGUUGGUUCAACAAAAAGAAGAGGUCACAAAAUUAGCAAAAUCAUUAAAGCAGGCUUCUGAAGAUGCAAAGAGAAUUGUUGAAGAAGAAAGAGCUAAUGCUCAUACAGAAAUAGAAACUGCUAAGGGUGCUGUCCAAAGAGUUCAGCAAGCAGUUCAGGAGCAUGAGAAGAUGUCCCAAAAUACUGGGAAGCAAAAGCAAGACAUGGAAGAACUAAAGAAAGAAGUUAGGGAAGCUCGGAGGAUCAAAAUGUUGCAUCAGCCAAGCAAGGCAAUGGAUCUGGAAAAUGAAAUACGAAUUUUACGUAACACAUUUGCUGAGAAGUCUAAGGAUUGUGUUAGUCUUUUGAAAGAGUUGGAAACGCAUAAAAGGUUAAAAGAAAAUGGUACCAUCCCUUCAUUCGAUCUGGAGGGUCUCCAAUGCUUAGGAUCAAUGCUACGUAUAGUUGGUCUGAGUGGUACUCACAUGGAUCUGUCAAAUAUUUCAAUCCAGUGGUUCCGUAUACAUCCAAAAGAAAGCAACAAAGAGAUUAUUUCAGGUGCCACAAGACCAGUAUAUGCUCUAGAGCCACAUGACGUAGGACGCUAUUUGCAAGCUGAAAUCGACGUAGGCGGCGAAAUCGCAGUAGCAAAGACUGCUGGGCCAGUAGACCCUGAUGCUGGGUUGGUUGAUUAUGUGGAGACGCUCGUAAGGAAACCUGAAACUGAAUUCAAUGUUGUUGUGCUUCAAUCCAAUGGCGUCGAUCAGCCAAAAGAGUCGGUUCAUGUACUAAAUGUCGGGAGGCUGCGGAUGAGGCUUACUAAAGGGAAGUCGGUAGUCGCCAAGGAAUUCUAUUCCUCAUCGAUGCAGUUAUGUGGUGUGAGAGGCGGAGGCGAAGCAGCCUCGCAGGCGAUGUUUUGGCGACCCAGAAACGACCUCAGCUUGGUGCUAGCCUUCGAGAGCACUCGAGAACGCAACGCAGCCAUCAUGCUCGCUCGGCGUUUCGCUGUAGAUUGCAACGUAUGCGCCUUCACCAAGCGCUAUAUCAUCCUUGCUGGGCCAGGCGACAAAACUCCCUGGUGAACGAAGAUGGCACCUGUGCUCUGCCGAUACCAGAUACCACCCAGCACCCACCACUCCUGACUGUCCUGCUCUUCCUCGCGUCGUAGGUUCCUGAAAGAAGGCGCCGUCCGCACCAUUUUAACCGCCUGGGCGCCGCCUUUCUAUGUCACUGUGCUAUGUUUUCCCAGUCCGCGAGGGUUGUAAUCUGUUGUUGCUGGGAGAUGCGACAGCAAUGUAAGCUACAAGUCUAACUGUGUUUGACAUAUGUUUAGGCCUCGUUCGGUUGGCCUGGAACGGCCCUAUUCCAUCCGGAUAUAUUUGGUCAGGAUUGAAACCGGAAACAACUAAUAAUGGUUGUUCGGUUAUGUCUAACUCAUAAUAAAACCAGAUUGAAAACAGGUCAUUUCAACCCUUUUCACCA